ACAGCCAACAGAGUCCAGCUUGGAGCAGGCUCCAAUCCUCCCAGAGUACAAGCAGCUGGGUAAUGGAUCAGAGUUGCCAGGGACUGUGCCAAUGAAGAUGUGUGCAGUGGCCCUUGUCUUGAGCCUCCUUGCGGCCGCUGUGUGGUUGGGCCUCACAAUGACAACACCCGAGUCCUCUGGAGGGGGUACAAAUCCUGGAGGAGGUGGAAAUCCCGGAGGAGGGGAAGGAGAUAAAGAAUGUGUUCCUACAUUGUUGCCGAAAGCGGACCUUGGACUAUGCGGGAACCUUGAAGUUUUCUACAUGGAGUUGGGGAACAUCAGCUGCAAAAUUAUUCCUAAGUGCAAUCUAUACAGACAGAAGAUCACAGCGUGGCCCCAGCCGAUAGUCAAGUUUCCCACAGCCAUGGAUGGUGCGCAGUACCUGCUGGUGAUGGUGGAUCCAGAUGCCCCCAGCAGGAGAGACCCCAGGAUGAAAUACUGGAGACACUGGGUGGUGUCCAACAUCAAAGCUGCCGACAUAAAAGCUGGGAAUAUUCGGGGCAAUGUGAUAACAGACUACCAGCCUCCUACCCCACCACCGACCACUGGCUUACACCGAUAUCAGUUCUUCGUCUAUCUUCAGGGAGACAGGGUCAUCUCCAUCCCCACCAAAGAGAACAGAAACCGAGGCGCUUGGAAACUGCAGAAAUUUCUGCAGGACCACAAGCUGCAGAAUCACGAAACAAGCACCCAGUUCAUGACUGAACAUGAUGGGGAGUUGACACCACCGGAUUAUUGAAUGAACGAGGCCAAAGGCAAGUUCAGUGAAAGAUAGAGCUGUCCACUGAGCUGCGAACUUUGCCUUCCAGGUGUGUGCCCAUGUCAUGUGAUCCACUAUAGACGGUCUGGGGACAGAAUCUCCUCUUGGUAUCUUCCAAAUAAAAAUAAAAAUAAACAAAAACAAAAAACACAAAGAAAAGAAAGAAAGGAAAGAAAAACAAAGUUACCCAGGGCUUAGCAAUUUGCUUCCUAACCUGUAUUCAUUUCAAAAUCAACAAGGGAAGAAGGGCUGAGGAGAUGGCCCAGUCAAUAAAGAGCUUGUCUUGCAAGCAUUAGGAACCGU